AUGGCUGACAGGGGCUUAGCUGUGCGCUCACCACCAAAGCGAGCUCCACAACGUAAGGCACAGAUUACUCAACAAGGCCCGACAGAGCCUCUUUCCUUGGUGCCCCGGGGGUCUGUGUUUCGGCGCUAUUGUCUCUGUGUCAGUAUGGAUAUGUGUGCCUCUAUCCCUUCUCAGGGGUCGUCUGUCUUGCACGGGUCUUCUGUCACCAUAGAUGCACCUGUCAAGAAGAUGCUUCAACCCAUGUGGAAAACCCCGCUCUCUUCCCAGGAAUUCUGCAGAUUUUGGGAGGAGGAUUGGCCACAGCUGCGAGCACUGCGAAUCCAAGCACUGAGGGGCUGUCUGGUCACGCUCCGCUCCGUUGAUUCUGCAGCUAUAACGCUACUCAAGGAUAGGGUCUAUGAGGCCCAGCAGUCUUUUAGUGCGGCCAAAGAAGUUCAUGAUAAUGAUCAGGCUAUGAUCCACGUCUGCCGGGAGGAUGCAUUACGAGAGGCAGCGCUUCUCGGGCAUGCUGACAGCAAAAUCCUGGAUUCCAUGACACACCUUGCAAACUAUUCCACCCAAGGACUCAGCAGUCAUAGCUCAGGACACGCUUCUGCAUGUACUAAUCUAGAUGCUCUUGAACAGCACAUGCUUAGACUCUAUAAGCAGCUCUUUUUCAGGGCUUUUCACCUUCGCGUUAUCUACAUACAGAACAUGUUACGCUUAUCAAGCGCAGUGAUUCUAGACAAUGAUACUUACAUGCUCCUCAGAGGCACUCUAUUGACGUGGCACAAGCUUCUCUGUUACAAGAGGUGUCUUAUGCAGAUAGACAGUCUUGUCUCCGGCGUGCUGAGUAUGUUCACUAAAAGAAGGUGCCUGGAUCAGUGGCUUAGUGCCUUACACACGCGCGUGGCUGUCCAGAGAGAAAAGGUUUUGCGGAGAUUGCUCUACGACUCCAUUGGGCCCUCUACUACAAGCUAUCCAGAGCCUUCUAUUUUUUCUUCUCCCUCUAUCCUGCAGCAGGAGCCGUCGAGAACGAUCACAUACAGAUCAAGCGAGCCCUAUCUCACUCAUUUAUACAACAUAUUCAUAGCAGUAGGAACUCCGUUGACUCCGCAAAGCCGUUCGGUCUUGUCCCUUACGGACCUCUCUAUUGUUAUAGGACUAAUAUCUAAGCUGUCCCGCAUCCGCAGAAAGGCCUGUAUAGUGUUUAACCCUAGUGACACCAAGCGUAUUCACGAAACGAGGCCAUCUUUCAUCGCUCUCAGUGAAGUACUACAAUCAGCACAUACAAGGGCAGCUUUAGAAACAUUUGGAGCAACCUAUUAUAACAGUAUCCUUGUUCAAAAGGUGUUCUCAAGGCUUCGGGACGUGUUCUACCUACACACCUUACAUAAUCUUGCGAUCAUCUACUACACUUAUGUCGAGAAAUCGCGCAUAAUCAAGAUUUUAUCACUAGGCCUGAGCGUACAGCGGCAGUGUGUCUUGGUCGCAGGGACAAGACUUAUCCUGAGGAUUUCGUUUGCCCAUCUGUGUCACGCAUAUGCAGAGGCGAGUGCCUUUAAAGAUAAUCAAUCCGACCAAUUCUACCGCAACCUUUUGGUCUCCAUUGCUUGGAGACACAUCUCAUCACUGGCGAAAAGGUAUGCUGAGCUAACCUCUCGGGCUGCUGGCAUACUAGCACGAUCGACCCUUGACCUUAAAAGAAGCGCAUUUGAAUCUUUUAAAUUAGCUUAUAGUUGCAGCGUGUUCUUAGAACAGCAUAUCAAUAAUAGGCGCAACUUUAGAUACAGGCGGAUCUUCUGGGCCAUGCACAGACUGGCACUACAGCGCAGAGCGCUUCGUAAGAUAGUGUGGGAAAUUUCACUUCCGUGUUAUAGACAUACGAUUCAGCUGGAAAGCUAUCGUGCCUCACGGACCUACCAGCAUGACAUCUGCCGCAUCUGUAUCCGCCACUGGCACGAGGUCUCUCUACGUAACCAAAGAGCCCUAGCGCUGCAGCAGCUGGUUGUGCAAGCAGAUGCGUUUCACACCCAAAAGCUAACCCGCUUUGUUCUGCACUUACUUCUGUUAAAGACUAGGCAGAAGCAGGAAAGCCGUCUCUUAUUCUACAGGCGACAAAUCUGCCUGGUGAAGGCUGCCUUUAGACAGUGGAAUAUACGCUUGUAUCAGCAUCGAAGAGUCAUUAAUCUGGGGGCUACCCUAAAGGUGAUAAUGGACGCGUAUACGGCGCGGUUUGCAAACGCCAUCGUAACUGAGGUGUUUCACCAGUGGAGAAUCCAAACAAAGUCACGAUGCUCCCAUAGCUUCAUGCUCCAAAGGCAGGCGUUUCAAGCGAUGUGCGCUAUAUCAGUAUCAAUCAGAUAUCUCCAUAUAUCAGAUAAGCAAUACUGGCGGUCUCUCAUGCGGAGGGCGUUCUCCACCUUGACUGUGCUCCACCAAUACCAAUGCCUUCUAACCAAAUUGGAUAAAAAAUAUGAGCACACGUUAAAGCAAGUGGGAUUAUCUUCACUAAGAACUAGCUACAUGCUGAUCAUUAGAGACACAGCGCGAGCGGACCAAUUUUAUCAGCGCUGUCUUUUGACCAGGACAUGCAAGGCGCUGGAGUAUGUGGCAGUUAGGUCUCGGAUAUAUACAUAUGUCUACACAAUAGGAAUAAGGUACAUCAAGUUUUUUUAUCUGCGACGAUGGAAGCUGUCCCUUCGUGCAUCCAGAGAGGCCAUUUAUCUAGAGAAGCAGGCAGAUUCUUUUUACAAAGGGCUGCUGGAGCGUUGGGCAGAUAAGGCUCUCUGUGGCUGUAGUGCAAGAACAGAUAUCCCAGUGUCGUGUCUUGUAUCUCACACAAACAAGGAGCUUUUAGAAACCGGGCUGCUUGGAAGCAUAGUUCUAAGUUCCAAAGUCCUAAAGGCGCACUUAUUGCAUGAAAAUAGAUUACUACUCGCUGUUUUUGACGAAUGGCGGUAUGCGGUGAUCCGAAGGCACCGUCUUAUAAGUAUGCGCGGGCCCAUUUAA